GCAAUUUUGUCUAAACAUAAUUUACAAUUCAUUAUCGCUCAUUGUUGACCUUUAUUGACUCGAUCACAAUUCACAAGUCUACACAGAGGAGCGAUGAGUGGCAGCAUGACAUCGAUCUCACCGUCAACACCAUGGACCCAACGAUCGCAGAGCAACAGCAACCAUCGUCAAUCUGCUGUAAACCUUAAAUCGCCAACCAAUUUAUCAAUCCCCAAUUUCAUCAUCCCUUCAAGAAGAAAGAACCCAAAAUCAUUCCCAUCUCUCAUCGUCAACUCUACCACCGAAUCCCUAAAUCAACCCACCGGAAAAUCCACACAGGCACCAUUGGUGGUCGUCGGAUCAGCCAAUGCGGACAUCUACGUGGAGAUCGAUAGGCUUCCCAAAGAGGGAGAGACCGUAUCUGCGAAGACCGGGCAAACCCUAGCUGGGGGCAAAGGGGCCAACCAGGCGGUAUGUGGCGGAAUGCUAUCCUACCCGACGUACUUCGUUGGCCAGAUCGGAAAGGAUGCUCAUGGGAAAUUGAUAAUAGAGGCGCUUGAAGGUGGCGGUGUUCAUAUCGAUCAUCUGAAUGAAGUUUCCGAUGAGCCGACUGGACAUGCGGUGGUUAUGCUUCAAUCCGAUGGACAGAACUCCAUUAUAAUCGUCGGAGGUGCUAAUAUGUGUGGUUGGCCUGAAAAUCUCGCCAACGAUGAUCUGGAGACUGUGAAGAAUGCCGGGAUUGUUUUGCUUCAGAGGGAAAUUCCUGAUUCGAUCAACAUUCAAGUCGCAAAGGCUGCAAGAAGCGCAGGCGUUCCUGUGAUUCUCGAUGCAGGAGGAAUGGAUUCACCAAUUCCAGUUGAGCUUCUGAAACAUGUUGAUAUUCUGAGUCCAAACGAAAGCGAGCUUGCUCGUUUGACAGGAAUGGAAACAGAAAGCUUUGAACAAAUCAGCUUAGCUGUAGCUAAAUGUCACCAAUUAGGUGUUAAAGAAGUACUUGUGAAACUUGGUGGAAGAGGAUCUGCUUUAUUCACAGAAGGAAAAGAACCAAUUAAACAAAGCAUCAUCGAGGCUAAAAAAGUCAUUGACACAACUGGCGCAGGGGAUACAUUCACUGCUGCUUAUGCUGUUGCUUUUGUAGAAGGGAAAACCAAAGUUGAAUGCUUGAGAUUUGCAGCUGCAGCAGCCUCUCUUUGUGUUCAAGUGAAAGGAGCCAUUCCAAGCAUGCCACAUAGGAAAGCCGUCUUGGAUCUUCUUCAAUCUAUUUAG